AUGGCAUCCUGGCCCCCGACGCGCUGGCCGGUGCCGAUCCACGUCUUCUCCUACCGCGUCCUGCUCGUCAUCCCCGUCCUCCUCGCCAUCGCGACCUUUGCCGCGCUCUUCAUCCACUCCGACGUCAACAUCGCCCUGCUCUACUCGCAAUGCGACUCCCGCGCGCGCCUCCCCGCCAUCAGCAAGGUCCCCGUCUUCGGCACCCCGGUCUGCUUCGCCAUCAGCUUCUUCCAGAACGCCCUUGACUCGGCCCGCACCUUCGCCAGCAUGUCCGCCGUCCUCUCCUUCAUCGCCGGCCUCAUGACCGUCACCACCGUCGAGGCCGCCCGCAUCUGCAACGCCCCCAACGUCCUCAUCGCGAACCCCACGGGGCCCUGGCUGGUCUUCAAUCUCAUCGGCGGCGCCGUCGUCUGGGAGCUCGUCAUGGUCCCCGCCUUCUUCCACCGCUCGCGCUCCAUCUACCUCGCGCGUAAGAAGGCCGGCAAGCAGGUCGUCGAGAGCGCCGAGUCCAAGGACCCGGACUUCGGCAAGCACGCGCGCCACCUCAACGUCGACGCUGAGAUCGUCGCCAUCCCCGUCAGCGUUGCCUGGGGCUUCGUCCUGCCCUCCAUCCUGAUGCUCAUCUACAACUCGCCCGCCACCAUCGCCGUCUGGCUCUUCUUCCCCGUGUGGGUCUCGCUCGUCCGGCAGGCUGUCCGCUGGGGAGUGCUGCGUCUGCAGAAGCGCCAGCGCCGCAGCUUCCACCUCGAGUCGCACACCGUCUCGCUGCUGCUCGUCUACCUCGUGCCGAUGGUCUGCUCCGUCGUCUCGCACGUCUUCCUCAUCUGGAGCCUGUUCCAGCGCGAUGAUAGGAAGGAGAUGACGCGCGCGACCGUCAAGUUUAUCGAGAUCGACGUCACGUUCAUCGGGUUUACGGUGCUGUACUGGCUGCUCGUCGAGGGUGGGUGGAAGGUUGCGUUGGUGGCUGUUGCUGCGGCUAUUCCUCUCGGCCCCGGCGCAGGAAUCUGUGUUGCGUGGAUCUACCGUGACAGUGAGAUUCGUGAGCAUCUCAAGAACUGGUUGACUGGAGAGCACGGCAAUGAGGAGAGCAGCGGGGAGGCCAGGACUGGCACUGACGAGGAAACGCCAUUGUUGCGGUAG